UUAUUUACUCUUUUCACCAUUGCGACCAGCUGUAAUCGAUUCGCCUAGCCUGCAAUGAUGCAAUUUCGUGGAUUACCGACAAUCUUAUCCAAAAGGUUUUUUAAUGGAAUGCGUUUUAUAAGCUCAAGUAGCCGAAAAGAAAAAUCUUUUCGCAAAAUGUAUCAGGAGUUUUGGACUCCAAAGGCCAUAAAUAAACCUCCAUACGAUCACUUUACACAAAUUGGAGAUCCUGUGUUACGCACAAAAGCAUCAAAAGUGCCUGAAGAUCUGAUCACUAGUAAAGAGGUAAAGGUAAUUGCUGAAAAAAUGGUCAAAGUGUUAAAAAAAUUUGAUUGCGUUGGGGUAGCAGCACCACAGAUAGGCAUAUCCCUUAGAAUAAUUGUUAUGGAAUUUCGGGAAGGACUUAAAGAACAUUUUUCAUUGCCUGUAUACGAAGCCAGAAAAAUGUCGACACUCCCAUUAACAGUGCUGUUAAAUCCUUCGAUGAGUGUAACUAAUUACCAAAAGCACAAACAUCCCGAAGGGUGUAUGAGUGUUCGCGGUUAUUCAGCAGAAGUUGAGCGAUAUGAUUCCGUUUCAUUAAAAGGAACAAAUCUGGACGGCAUUGAAGUUAAUAUAGAAUUAAGCGGGUGGAAUGCGCGAAUAGCUCAACAUGAAAUGGAUCACUUAGAUGGAAAACUUUAUAUCGAUAUCAUGGAUCGUUCAACUUUUAUGUGUACUUGUUGGGAAGCUGUGAAUUCUAAAAGUGGUCGUGUUGAAAUUCCAUUUUAUAAGUAGUAAUUCUUAAAAGAUCCUUUUCAUGAUUGCAAUACGCGUUCUUUGAAUUCAUGAAGGAGCUUUGAGAUUCCACAACAAUGUUAAAAAUCAGCAGUUACAAAGGCUUUUGGUAUGAGAAAGCUAUGUACAUAUGUGAAUCUUGACAAGUUCGAUCUAAAUAUAGUCAAUUGGUUACAAAAGAAUUAUAUGUGCAAUGUUUCAAGCUAUACAUAGCUUUUAAAAUUUUAUUUUUUGUUAAUAUAGGAUAAUUAGCACUAAAAGAAAAUAUUUCAAAAUCUUCAAUAUAUAUAUGUAUAUAUGCAAAAUCAUAAUCACAAUUUAUUUUAGAUUCAGUCUGCGAGGCAUAGAUUUAACUAAUUUUUGUAGGGUUUUCAAAUCGAUUUUCGCUUUUAUAGCAUCUUUAAGCUG